UGCUGAGCUCUGAGCUGAGUGUCCACGGAGCCCAUGGGCGUGGCGCUGACCAGAUCGGCGCAGUGGACUGCGGCCGGACACGGGACCGGAACCCUGGAAAUUACCCCUCUAAAUGAAGCGAUAUUGAAUGAAAUUAUAAUGUUUGUGGAGAGUUUUAUCUAUAAACAUCCUCAAGAAGCAAAAUAUGCUUUUGUAGAACCACUGGAAUGGACCACAGAGCUGGACGCUUCCGCGUUCCAAUCAGGUUACGUUGUCAGUGACUCAACAGUCAAAUCAGAAGAAGUUGAUAAAAAUGGACAGCCUUUGCUAUUUCUCUCUGUGCCACAAAUUAAAAUUAGGAGCUUUGGUCAACUAUCACGCUUUUUAUAUAUUGCCAAAGGCACAAAGCUGAAAGAAGCCCAAGCAUGUAUUGAAGCUAAUAGAGAUCCCGUAGUAAAAAUCUUGGGCUCAGAUUUUGGUACGAUGGAAGAUGACUCAGCUGCCUUAAAUAUUCUUGAUAAAAUUACCAAAGAUGAUGAUCCUGAACGUGAGAUUAAGAUGAAGCUUGCCAUACUGCUGAAGCAACUGGAUCUGCACCUACUUAAUCAAUCUCUAAAACAUCUCUCACUAGAAAUUCAUUUAAAUCCAGUGACUGUGAAGAGGCAUAUAGAACUGCUCAAGCGUUUUUCAGGAAAAGGAGAAGAGACGGUCUUGGAAUCCAUUGAAUACACCUCAGAUUAUGAAUUUUCAAAUGGAUGUCGGGCCCCACCUUGGAGACAGAUUUAUGGGGAAAUUUGUUAUGUGCUGGUGAAACCACACGAUGUUGAAACUUUAUGCAUUACAUGCAGUGCAGAAGGAGUAUUUUUAAACGGUGGCAAAGCAGAUGAUGAAAGGGAAAUUAAUUAUGAGAGAAAAGGUGAAAUUUAUAAAGACCUGGUCACAUUUUUAAAAGAAAUAUCAGCAAAAUUUUCAGAAAAUAUGUCUAAACAGGAGAUUAAUUUUGAUGAAGAACAACAGAAAGAAAAAGAGCAGUUUGAUGCAGCACCUAAGAAGGAAGAGGCAGCCACCAACCAUAAAGCUCGUCUGGGCUCAGACAAGACUACAUAUCAGAAGAACCACAUUAAUUUAGCGAAGACUCAAAUGACCAAGAGACUAGAGCCAAGUUUAAAUUGGAAGACCUCUGUUGACAUCAAAGACCGCAAAAGCUUAGUGAAAGAUAGCCAAGAGGAAAAACACGGGACAAGACUGGACAAAACAAGAACAUCUAUUUCACCUGGAAGAGCUCAGUUACUCCGUAAGAGUAUUGAAAAACCCGAGGAAAUUAUUAGUGAGAGCUCUUCAGAGAGUGAGGAAGAUGAAGAGCCAGUUGAUCAUCGUCAGGAGGCAAAUGCAGAUUUGCCAUCAGAAUAUUGGCAAAUUCAGAAGCUGGUGAAAUAUUUAAAGGGAGGAAAUCAGACAGCUACAGUGAUUGCAUUGUGUUCAAUGAGGGAUUUCAACUUAGCUCAAGAGACCUGCCAGUUGGCAAUCAGGGAUGUUGGAGGCCUUGAAGUUCUGAUAAAUCUGCUUGAUACAGAUGAAGUCAAAUGUAAGAUUGGUUCAUUAAAAAUUCUGAAGGAAAUCAGUCAUAAUCCUCAAAUCAGACGUAGUAUUGUUGACCUUGGGGGCUUACCAAUUAUGGUUAAUAUACUUGAUUCUCCACACAAGAGUCUGAAAUGUUUGGCCGCUGAGACCAUCGCAAACGUUGCCAAGUUUAGAAGAGCCCGGCGGGCAGUGAGACAGCAUGGGGGCAUCACCAAGCUGGUUGCUCUACUUGACUGCGCAAAGAAUUCAAUAGAACCUGCUCAAUCCAGUCUGUAUGAAACCAGAGAUGUGGAAGUGGCUCGCUGUGGGGCAUUGGCACUGUGGAGUUGUAGCAAGAGUUAUGCAAAUAAAGAAGCCAUCCGCAAGGCCGGUGGCUUUCCACUGUUGGCCAGGUUACUGAAAACUUCUCAUGAAGACAUGCUGAUUCCUGUGGUGGGGACACUGCAGGAAUGUGCAUCUGAGGAAAACUAUCGGGCUUCAAUCAAAUCAGAAAGAAUCAUUGAAAAUCUAGUGAAGAAUCUGAAUAGUGAAAAUGAACAGCUGCAGGAGCACUGCGCCAUGGCCAUCUACCAGUGUGCUGAAGAUGAGGAGACCCGGGAUCUGGUUAGGCUGCACGGAGGACUCAAACCCCUGGCCAGUCUGCUCAAUAACACUGACAAUAAAGAACGGUUAGCUGCUGUCACAGGAGCAAUAUGGAAGUGUUCCAUCAGCAAAGAGAACGUGACUAAGUUUCGGGAAUACAAAGCCAUUGAAACCUUGGUGGGACUUUUAACUGAUCAGCCUGAAGAAGUACUUGUGAAUGUAGUUGGAGCCUUGGGAGAAUGCUGCCAAGAAUAUGAAAACCGAGUGCUUGUCCGGAGGUGUGGUGGCAUUCAACCACUUGUGAACCUCCUCGUUGGAAUAAACCAAGCUCUUCUCGUGAAUGUCACAAAAGCAGUUGGUGCUUGUGCAGCAGAACCUGAGAGUAUGGCGAUAAUUGAUCGUUUAGAUGGAGUGCGUCUGUUGUGGUCCCUGCUGAAAAACCCUCACCCAGAUGUGAAGGCCAGUGCAGCAUGGGCCCUCUGUCCGUGCAUUGAAAAUGCUAAGGAUGCUGGAGAGAUGGUUCGUUCCUUCGUUGGUGGUUUGGAACUUGUUGUCAAUUUGCUGAAAUCAGAUAACAAAGAAGUUCUGGCGAGCGUAUGUGCUGCUAUUACCAAUAUAGCAAAAGAUCAGGAAAAUUUAGCUGUUAUUACAGACCAUGGAGUUGUCCCUCUAUUAUCCAAGCUGGCAAAUACUAAUAAUGACAAACUGCGGCGCCAUCUGGCAGAAGCUAUUUCACGGUGCUGUAUGUGGGGCCGAAACAGAGUGGCCUUUGGCGAGCACAAAGCAGUGGCUCCGUUAGUGCGCUACCUGAAGUCUAACGACACCAACGUGCAUCGGGCCACAGCUCAGGCCUUGUAUCAGCUCUCUGAAGACGCCGAUAACUGCAUCACCAUGCACGAGAACGGUGCAGUAAAGCUUCUGCUGGACAUGGUGGGAUCCCCAGACCAGGACCUUCAGGAAGCUGCAGCCGGAUGUAUAUCCAACAUCCGCAGGCUGGCACUGGCUACAGAAAAGGCAAGAUACACUUGACAUUGGAACAGACAUGACCAGCCACCAAAGUUUACACAGGACAUGUUACUCCCGUGGCCAGGAAGCCUAAAUUGGGAAAUGCCAUGUAAUGAAGUGUACAGGCAGUAAGCUGGUGGUAAUUUUCCCAGAAUUUGAGAAUAUAUGUUUACAGUCUAGAUGUAUAUUUCAAUGAGGCUUUUGUUAUUUGUGGUGACUUAAUAAAGGACAUGGCCUUCCCGGUGUGCAGCUUCAUAGUUGUUCCCGAAUG